AUGGCCUUCAAACUCAGUUUUAAUUCCCUUUCUUUCAUCCUAAUACUAGUCUCCUUUGUAUUCCUAUUAUUAGCAACCAUAUCAUCUCCUAUAGUUCAAUCCUUCAAUUUAGGUAAAACUUCUUCUCAUACUUAUGGAAUCUUUGGUUAUUGUGAUAUAAAAUCAAAUACUUGUUCCACCGCAACUUAUCCUUAUUCAUUAUCUUCUGCAAAAGAUGAUACCUCAAAUUGGUUCCUUUCUUCAAGUUCAACAAGAGAUAAUUUAGCUAAAAUAUUUAUUAUUGCUCCAAUCGCUUUAGGUUUCAAUUUUAUUACUUUAAUCUUAAUUAUUGCCAGUCAUUUCCAAAUUAAACCUGUUAUUAUCGCUGGAAUCGUGUUUAACCUUUUAGCAUUCAUUUUAACUACUUUAAUUACCGUUAUUGUCAUUAUUGUAUUUUAUCCUAAUUUAGCAUGGACAAGUUGGAUUUUAAUUGGUGCUGCAGCUGCUACUUUAAUUUCAUUUGUAUUAAUGAUUUUAACUUUAUUAUAUCAUCAAAAUGAUUCUUAUGAUGAUGAUGAUGAAGAUCAAUCUUCUGAUGUUAAAUUCCCAACUUUUAAUAAUUCUGCUCAAGUUCCAACCCUGAAUAAUUUUAAUUCAACUUUUACAGGUCCAACUAAUUAUACCAAUUUAAAUACUAAUAAUAAUAAUAAUAAUCAUAAUGAUUCAGGUUCGUCCUCCAUUGAAAAAGAUUAUGAAUAUAAACCUCAUAUUCAAACUCAACCUAUCGCUUCAUCUUCAUCUCAAACUUAUGAUAGAUCAAUGAUUAGUAAUAAUUCAAAUAAUUUAUAUAAUUCAAAACCUCAAUUAGCCAAUGAUUUCACUACUUCAAAACCUCUUCAACAACCUUAUUAUAAUCCAAUCACUGGAAGUGAACAUAAUUCAAAAUUAAGUUUAAUUCAAAAUUCAAAUACCAUUCCUCAACCAUCUCAACAACAACAACAAACUUCAGCUCCUUAUCCUCAAAAUCAAUAUCCAACUAGUGUAUUCGAACAUCAUCCUGAAGUUGAAGGUCAUAAACCUUUCACGGAAUUAGAUGAUGAAUAUUAUCAUGAUGUAGAUGAAGAUUUAUUAGAUGAAAAUGCUCCAUUAAGAAAUGGAUCCGAUGUAGAUUCAGAUUUUACAAGUGUAUCUCAAAGAGCAGUAAAUCCAAAAUUUUAUGGUCAUCAAGUAUCUCCACCUCAACAUCAACCUUAUUAUCCAUCAGCCCAACCUUAUCAACCUCAUUUCCAACAACAACAAAUCCCAAUCCAACCUCAAUUACAACCUCCACUUUCUCAAUCAACCUCAUAUUAUAAUGCCUCUCCUCAACAACCUCCCCCACCCCAACAACAACAACAACAACAACAAAGAGGUCCAACCAUUUCUGAUAAUGUCCUUUCUCAAAAUCCAGAUUUCGCCAUAGGACCAGCUAAAAGAAGAAUGCAACCAGGUUUCGUCCCCGUAGCAGCUCGAAAUAAAGCAAAUCAACAAGCUAGUGCCAGUGCAUUGAUGGGAAGAAGAAAUGGAAGUGGAAGUGGAAGUGGAGUAGGUGGAAGUGGACCUUAUGGAUCAGCCUAUUAA